UCCUACGAAGCUGAGAUCCAACUUCCCUCCCUCCACUCCCCCACUACUCUAUACUGUGGAGGGGAGAAAGCAGAUCCGUACGUGUUUUUAUCCGUCCUGUGCAUUCCGGCUAAGUAUUAUUGUCACGAUCAUCAUCGUCUCCGCCAGCAGAUGCGGAUCUUGCAGCUAGGUUUGUUGUUCGCUCUCGCGUCGGGAGUCGCCGCGAUCCUCAUCUACAUCGUCGGACUCUCCAAUCCCUAUGACAGGUCUAGGGUUAUGGUGGAUGAUCUGAGGGCGUUGAAGGCUUUGCAAAGUGGAUUCAAGAAGUGCGUGGAUGCUAAUGGUUUUGGAUUACAAGCUCUGGUCAGCCAGGACUAUUGUCAAGUUACGAUUCAGUACCCUAGAGAUACAGUGCCAAAGUGGAGGGAUCCAAAAACUGGAGAACUUGAAGGCUUAUCAUUUGAUUUCAACCUCUGUGAAGCAGUUGCUACAUGGGAGCAGGUUCGCAAUAGUUCUACCAUACUCACAAAAGAGUUUAUUGAUGCUUUACCAAAUGGAUGGGAGGAAUAUGCAUGGCGGAGGAUCAACAAAGGAAUACAUCUUGACUGGUGCAAGAAUAGGACAUUAUGCAUGGAAAAACUUUCUUUAGUACUCCCUGAAACACCACCUUUUGUGCCUCGGCAAUUUGAACGAUGUGCUGUCAUUGGUAAUUCUGGAGACCUUCUAAAAACAAAUUUUGGGGAAGAAAUAGAUGAUUAUGAUGCUGUUGUUAGAGAAAAUGGAGCUCCAAUCCAGAACUACACAAAAUAUGUUGGUCGGAAAAGUACAUUUCGUCUUCUUAAUAGAGGAUCUGCCAAGGCACUUGACAAAGUUGCAGAAUUAGAUGAAACUAAGGAGGAGGUCCUGAUCAUCAAAACCACUAUUCAUGAUGUCAUGAAUAACAUGAUUCGGGAAGUCCCUAUUAGGAACAAAGUAUAUCUCAUGUUAGGGGCAUCAUUUGGCUCUUCAGCGAAAGGAACAGGGCUUAAGGCUCUUGAGUUUGCUUUAUCCAUCUGUGAGACUGUUGAGAUGUAUGGUUUCACAGUGGAUCCAGGAUACAAGGAAUGGACAAGAUACUUUUCAGAGUCUAGGCAGGGGCAUACUCCACUUCAUGGUAGGACAUAUUAUCAGAUGAUGGAGUGUUUAGGACUUAUUAAGAUCCACUCUCCAAUGCGGGCCAAUUUUAGUAGGGUAGUUAACUGGUUACCAAAUGAGAGCAUACUUAAUGCUGCUCGAACUGCAUCUGAAAAAAUUUUGAGGAGGAUUGGAGCUGGGAUGAGUGACCCAUUUGGUGCAUGUUCCAUCAUAAAGAAGCGUCCCAAAGGAAAGUCUCCACUAAUCUCCGGCCUAAGAAAGGCUGCUAUGAAGCAUCAGAGCUAUGUGAAAGGUGCAUCUAUGUAUCCUCUGGAAAGAAACACUGGAAAUGGUAUGCUGUGUAUGGUGCCAGACAUGACUUAGCCCUCAUGCUGGACCAAACCAAGCAAGUUCGAAGAUGAUUUUACCAAUCAGGUUGAAGUCAGAAAGCUUCAGUUGAAGCUGCCAUGAGAGCUGCCCAAGCCAUGCCAAAAUUUCGGUUUGACAUGUCUCAAGGUCAUUGAUGAAUGGUAUCCUGGAAGUGCCUAGUCCAAUAAGAGAGCCAUAUGUUGUGCAUUAAUCCAGUUUAAAUUCAAGUUAUCAAUAUUGAAAUUUUGUAUUCGGUUUAAAAAUCUCACAUUGGCAAGAUAGACAAUCAGAAAGAAUACGUAAUUUCAUUUUUUGUGUGACCAUUUUAUAUUCUUUCGGGUAUCAUGUUGGUACCAUCAUACAAAACAAAUAUCAUCUUCACAUUUCACUUAAGUUAGAUUUUAAUAGUUU